AUGGGCGCUCAGAUUUCGGGCCGAUCGCACACGUCGGGCAUCGGAAACUUGCUGGAACCGAUCCGCAAGAGGAGCAACCUGCCGGGUAUGGGUUGCCUGGUGAUCUCGGACGACAAAGUCUUGGCUGAGGGAUGUUGCGGCCUUCGCGCUUUGGGCAGGGGGAUUCCCAUCCAGCUCUCCGAUCGAUGGCACCUCGGCUCUUGUACCAAAGCCAUGACUGCAACCCUGAUCGCCUUGCUGGAAGAGGAGGGAGUUUUGUCACUGGGCGCAGCAGUCACCAGCUAUCUGAAAGUUUCGUCCGGCGCCCGCGCACAUGAAGGUUGGGAUCAAGUGACCUUGGAUCAUCUGAUGUGCCAUACCGGUGGCGUCCCCGGAGAUUUGCUGAAACACAGCAUCUGGAAAGACUUAUGGAGAGCACCUGACGGGGUGACGGGACGGUGCCUAUUUGUGGACUGGGUGCUUCAGCGACCGCCGGGAAAACUCGGUGAGUAUGAGUAUGCCAACGGUGGCUACAUGCUGCUCGGCUCUGUUGUGGCAGCCGUCACGGGACGAUGCUGGGAGGAGGUAAUCACCCAGAAGCUGUUUGCUCCCUUGAAGAUGACGAGCAUCGGUUUUGGAGCACCGGGCACGAAAUCAGGGGAAACCCGGUGCAUCUGUGCUUCACCCUAUGAGUGCGACGAGCCCUGGGGGCAUCAGCAGGGAAAAGCCUACCCAGGGGUAGAUAACCCUGAAGCAGUUCGCCCAGCAGGGGGCCUCCACAUGAGCCUCAAGGACUGGGCUCGGUUCGUCUCUAUGCACUUGCGCGGCGCCCGGGGCGAGGAGGGCCUUCUUCUGAAGCCCUCAACCUUCACGAAGCUGCACCAGGUCUUUGAUUCGAAAAGCCAGUAUUCCCGGGGCUGGAUCGUGACAACGGAGGAGUGGGGAGAUGGUCCGGUCCUUCAGCACGCGGGUUCCAACACUUUCUGGCUUUGCCAGGUCUGGGUGGCACCCAAGAAGAACUUUGCAUGUCUCGUCGCGUGCAAUGAGCUCAAUAAGGGUGCAGGGACGGCUUUGGAUGAAGCCCGUGAGUUGCUGGUCGAGCGUUACAUAGGCACCUGCUUUGAUGUCCAUUCGGACCUGAAGUCGCUUUGA